GGUGCGCAUGCGCAAUACUGCGCCGCAGCUGGUCCAAUCAAUUUAUUUAACACAAGGGGGAAAAAAAAUCCCGGAGGAAGUCUUACAAGAUGGCGACCGCCUGUAUGGUGAUACCCUCCAUCACUCCAAAGUCAGAGAAGGAAGAGAGCAAGACAAGUGUUCAAGGACUGGUUGAAAGUCCAGAAUUGUACAUCAAGCAUCCGUUACAGAACAGGUGGGCCCUUUGGUUUUUCAAGAAUGAUAAGAGCAAAUCUUGGCAAGCCAAUCUCCGCCUCAUCUCGAAAUUUGACACGGUGGAGGACUUCUGGGCAUUGUAUAACCAUAUUCAGCUGUCCAGUAACUUGAUGUCUGGCUGUGACUAUUCACUCUUUAAGGAUGGGAUUGAGCCCAUGUGGGAGGACAGACGGAACCGGCGAGGCGGCCGCUGGCUCAUCACGCUGUCCAAGCAGCAGCGCAAGGCCGACCUGGAUCGCUUCUGGUUGGAGACGGUAUGUUUUGCUGCCAUGAUAAGCGCCCGUAGUGUCCUCCCCAGCGGUCCCUCAUGCGAGGAUGUCCCUGUGCCGCAGCUCCUUUGCCUGGUGGGGGAAGCGUUUGACGACCACAGCGACGACGUGUGCGGCGCUGUCAUCAACGUACGAGCCAAAGGGGACAAGAUUGCCAUCUGGACCACAGACUAUGAAAACAAGGAGGCCAUCACGCACAUAGGGCGUGUGUACAAAGAGCGGCUCGGCGUCCCUUCCAAAGUGGUCAUCGGCUACCAGUCGCACGCUGACACGGCCACAAAGAGCGGCUCCACCACCAAGAACAAGUUUGUCGCCUGAUGACGUCAACGUUGCAUCUUUUUGGCCACCUUUUUUUCCCCCCACAUCAAUGUUGACUAACAAGGUCGUGGACACCCGAUUGCUUCGUGUUUGGGUAUUUAAGUUCCUGGACUUACAAUACAGUGAAAUGGCUGCCUUCUCCAUUGAGAACUACGGUAUGCGUUUUUUUGUUAUUUUUUUUUUUUUCUUCUUUCUCCCAAGAGUAUAUUCUUUGUUAGUUUCCGGGAAACCCUUUUCGUCAAGUCGUUUGUACAAAGUGUGAAUAGUUAAAAAACCAAAAGACCUAUUUUUGAAGAAACUAAGAAAAUAACAUGAUUUUGUGAAAUAUUUAAGGUCUUUGACAACGAGAGAUUAAAGAGGUUAGUAAUGGUCUUUGUGACCUCAGAUGUGCUGAUUUAAUUGAGGGCUAGCGUUGAUGAAGCCAAGGUUGAUUUUGUUCAACGUUCUGUUCUGCCUUUGUGUUUGGUUCAGGUCAACUUCGUGUAAUUUCUAUUUCAGAUUUGGGUAUUAGUGCUGCUACUGGUGUCCCUGAACAGUCAAUGUGCACACGAGAGAUUCCAAUAAAAGCAAAAAAGUGGA